UGUAAUGAGAAUUGCUAUCCAGGUUCUGUCAAGAGAAAGAAGGAAGGCAAACCAUUUUGCUGCUAUGAGUGCUUUCCAUGUCCAGAAGGCCAGAUUUCAAACCAAAAAGAUAUGGAUAUCUGUUUCCAGUGUCCAGAAGAUCAGUAUCCAAAUCCUGAACACAGUUUGUGCAUUCCAAAAACAAUGAGCUUCUUAUCUUAUGGAGAACCUUUAGGGAGCGGUCUGGUCAUUCUUGCUUCUUCCUUUUCUCUCAUAACAGUUAUAGUGCUUUGGAUUUUCCUUAAGCACCAGGACACUCCCAUAGUCAAAGCCAACAACCAGAAUCUCAGCUACAUUCUCCUCAUUGCCCUCUUGCUCUCAUUCCUUUGUGUUUUCCUAUUCCUUGGCCAGCCUAAAAAGAUAAUGUGCCUCCUUCGACAAACUGCCUUUGGCAUCAUUUUCUCUGUGGCAGUUUCUUCAGUGUUAGCCAAAACCAUCCUUGUGGUCCUGGCCUUCAUGGCGACCAAGCCGGGAUCUGGGGUGAGGAAAUGGCUGGGAAAAAGGAUGGUCACCUCCAUUAUUGUUUGCUGCUCAUUUAUUCAAGUUACCAUUUGUAUUAUAUGGCUGUCAAUAUCUCCCCCUUUCCCAGAUUUUGACAUUCAGACAAUGGCUACAGAAAUUGUCCUGGGCUGCAAUGAAGGAUCUGUCUUCAUGUUCUACUGUGUCUUGGGCUUUAUGGGCUCCUUGGCAGUUAUGAGCUUUACAGUGGCAUUCCUAGCAAGAAAGCUACCUGACAGUUUUAAUGAAGCCAAAUUUAUCACUUUCAGCAUGUUAGUCUUUUGCAGUGUUUGGUUGUCCUUUAUUCCCACUUACUUGAGUACAAAAGGGAAAUAUAUGGUUGCUGUGGAGAUCUUCUCCAUCAUAGCAUCCAGUUUUGGGUUACUGGGCUGUAUCUUUUUUCCCAAAUGCUAUAUUAUUUUGAUUAGACCUGAAGUAAAUAACAAAACUCUUCUAAGAAGAGGAAAGAAUUGA